AUGGCGACCCCGAAGCGCAACUUCGCGGAUGGGCCGGCUGGCGCAGGCAGUGUCGACCCCAAAGACAGCCGCGCGAAGCGCUUGGAGCGCCAGCAGUCGCGGUUUCGGGAUCGUGGCGGGAUAUUCGUCCCGUCCAACCGGAACACGCUCCUCGAUGUGCUGCUAGCUCGUACUACGAGCCGGGACUCGCCGCGGACAGCGGCAGCCUCAUCCAAUGCUGCUCGGAGGCGCAGUCUAUCGAGUUCUCCCCUCCGCCGACCCUCGCACACCCCGAGGGAAACCCCAAGUAUCCCCCGAGGCCGCUCGAGUGAUGUACACGCCGACAGCGAUGCCUCAGUAGCCAGUCCCUCAAGACCGGCAAAUGCUGGAAAGGUGGCGGCUGGUUCUCGGACUCAGAGCGGCGGGGAUGAGGUUAAGGUAUCUAAACGGCCUUCUGCAAAGACGAAGCGGAGAGGGAAGUCAAGGGCGUCCGAGGCUGGGCAAUCGCCAGAUGUCGGCGCCGAACACCUGGCAGCUGAUGCUUCAUCAGCAUCCGAGCACGAAUCAUCAACCUCAAAGAAACCACGCCCGAAUUCGAAGGCCAACCCUCCAUCGGCAUCGGCUCGGAGAAAAUCUCGAUUGAGUACGAUAUUAGAGAGCGAGAACGAAAGCGAUGCUGCUGUGGAGCCUCCGCCUAGGAAGAGAUCGAAGGCCCCUACCGAGCGUUCUCGUUCGCUGUCCCCCGAGUCGGACGUCGUCGAACCUGAGGAUGUUGGAGAGCCCCCAGCUCGGAAGAAGCCCAAGGGCCGUCCGAAGCGCCCAGUUAGCCAUGCCGAGGCGACUGAAAGGGAGGAGGAGGACGUCGUCGUCGUCGAACGGCCGGUUCGUCCAUCGACAUCGAAAGGGAAAGGAAAGAGGCCUGCUGUUUCGGAGCGAGGACUUCCAUACGACGACGACGACGACGAGCCCGAUGUUCCAAGGAAGGCUGUGAAACCUCCUCGACCCACAACCUCGAAGAAGGGCGCUCAGAAAAAUCAGACAGCCCCGUCGAAGGCGUCCCCUCUCCCAGAUCCGCCGGUGCCUCUGGACCCAGACCCCGGCGUGCUGGCGGAGUCCCGAAACGACGGGGACUGCCCACCCAAGAACGCACGGCAGUCGAAGAAGCGCCAGCAGGAGGAGGAGGAAGCGGACGCGUUCGAAGACACGCAGCCUCCCCGCAAGCGACCGAAGGGCCCGCCGGCGGAUACCACCAAGGUUCAAUCGAAGAAGAAGAGGUCCGCGGUUGGCGACGCCGAAUUCGAUCCUCCUGCUAAGAAACCUCUGAAGGCGAAGAUACGUCAGCAGGAGGCGGGGGAGGAUACGUUCGAGGACCCGCCGCCUCCCCGCAAACGACUGAAGAGCCAGCCCGCGGACAAUGGGACGAGACCUGCUGAGAAGUCUUCCGCAGCUGCCGACGACGAACCCGAUGCCGAUGCUCCUUCCAAGAGACCUCCCAAGUCGAACAAACGGCAGCAGGAGGAGGAUGCGUUCGCGGACCCGCCGCCUCCCCGGAAACGACCGAAGAGUCAGCCAGCGGACGGCAGUAGUGCUGCUAAACCUAAGAAGAAGUCCGCAGCUAUCAAGGGCGAACCCAAAGGAAAAAUACCCUCGUCGAAGGUUCUCAAGGAGAAUACGGCUGAUAGGAAUCUGCCGCUCAAGGCUGCUAACAAACCGGCUAGGACAAAGGUAGGGAGUCGGCGGUUCAGCCGUUUCUCUAAACCCGUCUCCAAGCGCCAGAAAGCCAGACCUCUGCCCAAGGUCGUCCUCGAGAGGAUCCAGCGCUCGUUGAACGAGUCGCACGAAGUCGACGAUGAACCAGACCCUAUUGACUUUUUGUCGUGA